UUGCUUCUAGUUUCCAUGAUUGAUGCCCCAUGCUAUUGUCAUUUGGUUUAAAUAUACACUUAGAACAGCAUCCCAGAACGAUGGUCUGACGGGGAUAACCCGGAAGCGAAUCUCCUACUAACAGGAAGGAGUCGGAGGAGAAAGAGAAGCUGGGUUUCUGGGUACGGCCGCGGGCGGCUGUGCAUCCCAGGCUGGGAAAAGUGGGGAAAACAACUCAGUGGAAUCCACGAUUUUUCAGCAGCAGUCUUCAGGUAAAGCCCUUUGGAUAAAGAAAAAUGACUUCCCUUGAAAGCACUGAAGUCAAAGUAAGUCCUCAUUCAGUACCAGUCCGUGGGGCCGGAGAUGGAAUGGAAACUGAGCAGCCACCUAAGUCCGUGGAAGUUCCCUCUGGAGCCCAUCCCCAGAGCUGCCACAGCCUGCGAAGCCCGAGGAAGAAGCCUGUUCCAUCACUGAGCCCAGGAGUGCUCCAGCUGGGCAAGAUUGUCACCGACAAAGCAGUAGAAGUCGAAGCUGUUCGAAUACUAGUUCCCAAAGCUGCUAUAAGCCACGAUAUCCCUGCCAAAAAUGCCAAACUGGUUAAAUCUCUGGGACAUCACAAAGGAGAACUUGUUGGUCAAUCAGAUGGAGUCGUAGAUCCCAGAAAAGAGAUAGCAGAGCUAAAAAAUAAAGUGGAAAACCUCACGAACUCUGAAAGGAGAUUGCUGCAGGACAAAGAAGGGCUUUCCAACCAGCUCCGCGUGCAGACAGAGGUGAAUCGUGAAUUAAAGAAGUUGCUAGUGGCUUCUGUUGGAGAUGAUCUGCAGUAUCACUUUGAACGUUUGGCUCGUGAGAAAAAUCAGCUUAUUUUAGAAAAUGAGGCCCUGGGCCGGAACACAGCUCAGCUUUCUGAACAGUUAGAACGCAUGUCGAUACAGUGUGAUGUGUGGCGAAGUAAAUUUCUAGCAAGCAGGGUUAUGGCUGAUGAGUUAACUAAUGCCAGAGCAUCUUUACAGCGUCAAAGCCGGGAUGCCCAGAGUGCUAUUCAAGAUCUCCUCAGUGAACGGGAACAAUUCCGGCAGGAAAUGAUUGCUACUCACAAAUUAUUAGAGGAGCUUUUGGUUUCUUUGCAGUGGGGUAGAGAGCAGACUUACUACCCUAGUGAACAGCCCCACAGCACUGCAGAGCUAGCAUCAACAAAUCACAGACUGGCCACAGCACUGAAUUCCCAUCUCCUUGGAAAUGUUGGCACCAAGAAUCCAAAAAAGGCUUCCCCUCCAUUUGAAUUCUGUAGUACUCCAGCAGAGAAAAUGGCUGAAACAAUUCUGCGAAUUUUAGAUCCAGCCACCUAUACAGAAAGCUCGUCUGAAAUGUUUUCAGAGUCUUCACCAGCCACUUUGCUUUCUACAAAAAAAAAUAUUGGACGAUUCCAUCCAUAUACAAGAUAUGAAAAUAUAACUUUCAACUGCUGCAAUCACUGCCAGGGAGAACUUAUUGCCCUUUAAAAGCAGGCAAAUCAAUGUCUUCAAAAUGGCCUAGAAUCUCUGUCAUACUAGAGUUAUCUAUUUUGAGGCCAGGAUCUUCUUAGGCUACCAUGUAACAGCCCUCUACUUAUAUACUGGAUUUCUCCAAAGAACUUCCAUGUAUUGAACUUUAGAUCUUUUUCAUAGUUAUCUACUCAGGGUAUAAAAAGCACAAAACUCUAAAAGUAUUAAUCACCAAUAAUACAAGCUUUCCAAAGCUUCAUACCGUGCUUUCUUUAAAGUUUGCAAUCUUGGAAUUCUCUUCAUAGUUGGGAUUUUAAAGUCUCUCCAAAAUGGCUACAUUGAUUUUUACCAAUUUAUAGGUUCCCAAAAAAGUAUGCCGUAGGCAGCCUUGAAAAGUGUUUACCUUACUGGAAGGGGGAAGAAAAUAAAGUGUAAUAAGCUCUGUGGUUCUGAAUAAAUAAUUGGUAAAAAAACGUUCAGCAUGAAGUGUGCGUAUGAUAUUAGGAGUUUUUCAGAUUAUUGUGUAAAGAGAAAGAAGAGACAGUUUUAACCAUUAAACUGAAUUGUAGCAAAUGCGAUGCACAAUAGUGGUGAUAUUGAACAUAUAUUUUACUUAUUUUUUAAAAGAAAUAUUCUGGUCUUGAUUUGUACAGAUCUGAGUAAUAGGACUUUAAGAGACCUUUUCAAUUUAAAAGAUUUUGUGCAGCAUGUAUUUUUUUAAAAAUUGUAACUUAACAGACCAUUGAUAUCUUUAUAAACCCAAAGAAGAAAAUCAACCCAUCAGUUGAAACUUUGUUUUCAACAUUGUAUUAUUAUUAUGUAUCAAAUGGUUGACCCCUUAAAAACAGUUCUCAUUUAUACCAGAGGACAGGACUCAUUAAAUUAUUCUCCUAUGUAAUUAUACUAGAUCAUGCAGAUGAGUUACAGAAGUGCCUCUUAGAAGAGAAAUCUUCAAUGGUCAGGUAUAAUUAUGAUGUAUUGAAUAUGUAUGUUCUUGUCAACUGAAUAAUUGUUUCUGGCUACAGUGUUUGGAUUAAUUUAUUGUUUCAGAUGGCAAUAAAUGUAUUUACCUUC